AUGGUGGAACAGCCUAUGGAACUUAUAAUGAUGCAGCUGAAUCCCUCAGUUAGCUCAUCCAUUCCCUCUGAACAGCCUAUGGAAGAAAAGGCUAUCACCUACAUGGACCUUGUUUUGUUCAAAGCUGCGGCGGAUGGUGACGUGGAAGCAUUUAGUGACUACCAAGUUGCUCUUGAUUGCCUGGUUGACGGAAGCCAAAACACGGUGCUUCAUAUUUACUCCAGAACCGGAGGACGCCUGGUAGUCAAAAAUGUUAGAGCGUUUCCGUGUUUUCAGAAAAGGGCAUUCGAAAGAGAAUUCUCCAUUAACUUUGUGGAGCAACUUGUCAACAAGUGCCCAUCACUGCUACUGCAACGCAAUGCCAACUGGGAAAUCCCAUUGCACAUUGCAGCAAGACAUGGGCAUUCUGGCAUAGUCAAAGUCCUUAUUGAACGCGCCAAUGUAGUGCUACAUGAAGACCCGGAGAGAGGGUUGGAUGCAACCGGGGCGAGGCAGAUGCUGAGAAUGAGGGAUGAGGAAGAAAAUACUGCUUUCCAUUUGGCCGCUCGAUAUGGCCAUCUUGAUGUGUUGCGACUGUUGGUCAAAGAAGAUCCUGAUUUUGCUUUCUCCGCUAAUACAAGCGGUGAGACUCCACUCUACUUAGCUGCCGAGGGAGGAUAUCAUGGUAUGGUUACUGAGAUGUUAGAUAAUUGCAAAUCAACGGUUUAUGGUGGCCCCAAUGGUAGAACAGCUUUGCAUGCAGCAGUCCUGGCCGGAGAUGAAAGUAAAGACAGUAAGGAAACUAAUAGAGGAAAAAUGCAACUAACCAACAAACAGAUGACAAUGGGCGGACUCCACUCCACUAUGCUGCGCAUUUCGGUAAACGUUCAAUUGCCAAAGUUUUGUUGGAAAAGAUGCGUCCGCUGCUUAUAUAGUGAUAAAGAGAGAGGGAUGUCGGCUCUUCAUAUGGCAGCUUGGCAAGGCGAGCAUAAUGGAGAAAUAUCUCUCAUUGCCAGUGCUGCGAAUGGUUACAAAGAGGCUGGAAUUUUCAUACUUUGCUGUCGUUGA